AUGGCGAGUAUUUGGGUGGUGUGGUUGGCUCUUGUAGUCGUUCAGCUGGGAUUUGGGGCUUAUGGAGUGAUCGUUUCUAAAUUUGCUAAAGAGAAUAAAGCAGAUCCUCUAAUCUUUAGCCUAAUUCGAGAUGCGGGAUGCUUUCCUGUGCUUCUCUUGGCAGCUUUUGUCUCCGAGAGGAGGAUUCAAAUUCCCUCUUUAAGGGAGCUCCCCCUUUUCAUCAUUCUUGGUUUAACAGGAAUGUUUGGCAAUCAACUUCUGUACCUUCUUGGUAUUUACUACACUAACGCGAACAUAGCGUCCAUUUUCCAACCUGCAAUCCCCGUGUGGACAGCAUUACUAGCUAUCAUGGUCCGCAUUGAGCCGUUUCCAGACUUCCGUACUUUGCGCGGCUGGGCCAAGUCCCUGGGGAUUCUUUUAGCGGCCGUUGGAGCUGUAGUUAUGACGGUAGAAAAAAAAUCUGGCCAAGCAUCGGACCAUAGUGGAUCAUCUUCGUCUGGCAGUGUCCAUUUUGCGGGGUACGUAUUCCUCCUCGGGAAUACUCUGUCCAUGGCGGUGUACAUCCUUCUUCAGAAGAAGUUUAUCUUCGACAAAGACGACUCUUGUUGGAAAACGAAACCUGUGACAGUCACUGCGUGGAGUUAUCUCUUCGGGACAAUGUUUAUGGCACUCGCCUCGCUUUAUUACGUCAACAAGCCAGAAAAGUUUACGUAUUUUCCUAGAGAGGAAGUUUACCCAAUUCUGUACGCAAUAUUCAUUGCCUCGGGUCUAUGUUAUCUUCUAAUAUCCUGGUGUAACAUGCAGAUAUCUGCGUCGCUUGUGACAGCCACAUGGCCUCUUCAGGUUUUAUUCUGCGCCAUCUUGUCGUACUUCGUGUUGGGCGAGGUGCUGAAAACUUUGGAAUAUGUUGGGGGUGUAUGCAUUCUUAUAGGCCUCAUGGCAGUUGUUUGGUCCAAUUUUUCAGAAGAAAAUAGAAGAGCAGACGAGGAAGAAGACUUGAACAAUUCUUAUGGCUACGUGAAAGUGUCACAGUAUGAUGACUUUGUGGCGGAAGGUCCAAGAGAGGAAAAAGGAGUGAAUUAGACACUGAUUUAGUCCGACAAAAUAACGUCAUCUGAUCUAAAAUCUUACAAUAUACGUUUUAUCUAAGAUUGUAGUGUUUUGCCGUUAAUUGCCGUGUACUAAUAACUUCCUGGGUAUUGAAUACGAUUUAAGAACCCUCAAAAGUUAUGAAUUACGAUAAACGUAUUUUUCAGUAAUAUGAAUUAUAGUGGUUACCCUUGCAGAGUUUUGGCCUCGAUGCACAUAGGCAUAAACCCGAGGAGAAAACUUAGCAGGAGUGGAUAAAAGAAGGUAGAUGAUAGAUAUGUGGGAACCGUUGCGGCCUGAUGGUCAGUGCAGUGGACUCGGGUUCGAGAGAUCUGGGUUCGAGAGACCUGGGUUCGUGAGACCUAGGUUCGAGAGACCUAGAUUCGAGAGACCUGGCCGGGUCAAUCCGUUGUGUUCCUGGGCCUGGUCCUGUGUUCCUGUUCUUCCUGCCUCUCUAAAGGGCGAUGCCUCGCAUGGGUCGUUAUGUCCCGUUCGUACUAACCCUAUUGGGCCUACGACUUGUUAAAAAACGAGGACCCAACGCAUCCACGGUUAGCUUUUAUUUGAAAAUUAUCUCAUCACUUUUCAAAAUCAUCACUGAUGUCGUGUACGAGAUGAAUAUUGAAAAAAUCGAUAGAUUUGUGGUGUUUUCAUAUCACGCAAGGUCUCUAAUUGCGACGACUAUUUUCAUUUUCAGCAUCUAAUUUCUCCUCAUUAUAUGAACCUCAAAUCGCACCUUUAAGUCACGAGAAUAAAG